AUUGUGACACCUAUAUAUUUUAAGAAAUAUGUAUUAAAAUCUAUAGAAUGAGUGAAGACAAGAAUAGAUUUCCUGAACUAGUAAACCCUGUUCUACCAAAACGUGGAUUAGUUUAUCAAGAAAGUAAUCCUCAACUAGUUCUCUGCAAGCCAAAGCUUCUGCCCCUGAAGUCUAUGACCCUGGAGAAGAUGGAAAGGAUGCAGAAGGAGGCGAACGAGAAGGCGAAGGAAAUGCAAGAAGAGAUUGAGAAAGAGAAACAGGCUGGGUUCACUGAUACCAUAGGGUCCGAAGAGACCGCAGAUGUUUUAACAUUAGAUGACGAUUAGAUGAUACUUCAGAAAACACUAGAAUCUCAAAAUCAAUUAAUUGCAGUUUUUUCCAGAAAAGUGAACUGAAAACUUUGUUAAUUGUGUUAAUGGGAAAUUCUAACAAA